AACUCUGUGAGGAUGCGCUCUGGCCGCAGGAGCAGCUUCCCCGAAAGCGGUAGAGUCCCAAGCACACCAGGCGGCCAGACUUGCGGGUCGCGGAGGGAUAGAGCGAGCCUGGGCUCCUCGAGGAGGCUCCCGGGCUCGGGAGGCAGCUCCAGGUGUGAGGCCACUGACUGAGGAGAGAGGGGUCCCCAGGGGAAGGGAAGUGGCAGGACAGCGGCAGAAGCGCGGGGAGCGGGAAGGUACUAGAGCAGCAGCUUCCCGCCGCCACCAGCCGGGGCAGCAGCCGGAACAGCAGGGGGAGGAGCAACAGCUGCCGAAUUCACCAACUAGAGGAGGGGGAGGCGGAGCUUGGGUCCCUGUAGCAGCCGGAGGCGCAGUCUGGACUGUAGUUUCCCGGGAGAGACGGGAGCAGGAACACGAGCGGAGCGGAGCGCAGUCCUCCGAGCAUCAGCUCCAGCAUCCCACCAGGGGUUGCAGGUGUGCGGGAGGCUUGAACUCUCCCAUCAUGGCUUUCCUUGGACUCUUGACUUUGCUGGUUCUACAAAGUUUGGCUUUAGGGGCCACUUUCCCUGAUGAAACCAUUGCUGAGUUGUCAGUGAAUAUGUAUAACCAUCUUCGAGCCACUGGGGAAGAUGAAAAUAUUCUUUUCUCUCCGUUGAGUGUUACCUUUGCCAUGGGAAUGAUGGAACUUGGGGCUCAAGGGUCUACCCUGAAAGAAAUCCGUCAUUCGAUGGGAUAUGACAGCCUGAAAGAUGGUGACGAAUUUUCUUUCUUGAAGGAUUUUUCUAACAUGGUCACUGCUAAAGAGAGCCAGUAUGUGAUGAAAAUGGCCAAUUCCCUCUUUGUGCAAAAUGGAUUUCAUGUCAAUGAGGAAUUUUUGCAAAUACUGAAAAAGUACUUUAAUGCAGAAGUAAAUCAUGUGGACUUCAGUCAAAAUAUCGCCGUGGCCAACCAUAUCAAUAAGUGGGUGGAGAAUAACACAAAUAAUCUGCUGAAAGAUUUGGUAUCCCCAAGGGAUUUCGAUGCUGGCACUCAUCUGGCACUCAUCAAUGCUGUCUACUUCAAGGGGAACUGGAAGUCACAAUUUAGACCUGAAAAUACUAGGACCUUUUCCUUCACUAAGGAUGAUGAAAGUGAAGUCCAAAUUCCAAUGAUGUAUCAACAAGGAGAAUUUUAUUAUGGAGAAUUUAGUGAUGGUUCCAAUGAAGCUGGUGGUAUCUACCAAGUCCUAGAAAUACCAUAUGAGGGAGAGGAGAUCAGUAUGAUGCUGGUGUUGUCCAGACAGGAAGUUCCGCUGGCCACUCUGGAGCCGUUGGUCAAAGCGCAGCUGAUUGAAGAAUGGGCAAACUCUGUGAAGAAGCAGAAAGUGGAAGUGUACCUGCCUAGGUUCACGGUGGAACAGGAAAUUGAUUUAAAAGAUGUUUUGAAGGCUCUUGGGGUAACUGAAGUUUUCAUCAAAGAUGCAAAUUUGACAGCUCUGUCCGAUAACAAAGAUAUUUUUCUUUCCAAAGCAAUUCACAAGUCCUUCAUAGAGGUUAACGAAGAAGGCUCAGAAGCUGCUGCCGCCUCAGGAAUGAUUGCAAUUAGUAGGAUGGCUGUGCUGUAUCCUCAAGUUAUUGUCGACCAUCCAUUUUUCUUUCUUAUCAGGAACAGGAGAACAGGCACAGUCCUAUUCAUGGGCCGAGUCAUGCAUCCUGAGACAAUGAACACCAGUGGACAUGAUUUUGAGGAACUUUAAAUCGUUUCAGAUGUAAAAUAGUAACUAAACACAUUAUGUUUGCAACUGAAAAACAGUUAAGAGUCGUGUUUUACAGUGUAUCUUAUGAUAAUAUUUAAAAAUAGCUCCAGAUAAAAACAAUGUACGUAAAUUAUAAAUCAACUCGUCUAGGAAUGUUAUCAGUCUCCUUGAGGUAAUGGUCCUGUGGCGUCACUGUGUUUGUUGUGCUGCUAUUUAAAAUAAAAGUACAUAUCGAUCAUGUGAA